AUGAUGGGGAGUGUAAAAAGACACCAGGGUUCUCUCCUUAACCUCCCCCCAAGCAUCAGUGCCAGAAAGACGCCUCCAAUUUCCUCUGCUCUGUUCUCCUUUAGGACUGACAGGCAGGACAAGCCAGGGCUCUCCGGUCUCUCAAAGGAUCAAGGGCCAAGAGAACCCGGAGGGUUCAGCAUCAUGCUGCCAUUGGGCAUUGGUCCAUGGUGGAGAAACAAGCUUUCCCUGAGGUGGAGACAGCUUUCCUGGAUCGCCUGCUGGAUUUCCCUGUAUGCUGCCGAGACUCUCCCCACCUGCCCUUUCUCGUGUAAAUGUGACAGCCGGAGCCUGGAAGUGGACUGCAGUGGCCUGGGGCUCUCCAGCGUGCCUCCGGACGUGCCUGCAGCCACUCGAACCCUUUUACUCUUGAAUAACAAGUUGAACGUCCUGCCCAGUUGGGUCUUCUCUAACCUGUCGAGCCUCCAGAGGCUGGACCUGUCCAACAACUUCCUGGACCAGCUGCCUCAGGCCAUUUUUGGGGACUUGGCCAACCUCACCGAGCUGCAGCUGCGCAAUAACAGCAUCAGGACCCUGGACAGGGAUCUGCUGCAGCACGCGCCCCUCCUCCGCCACCUGGACCUGUCCAUCAACGGGCUGGCGCAGCUGCCCCCGGGCUUCUUCGACGGCCUCCUGGCUCUGCGCUCUCUCUCCCUCCGCUCCAACCGCCUGCAGAACCUGGACCGCGUGACUUUCGAGCCCCUGGUGAGCCUGCAGCUGCUUCAGGUGGGGGAUAACCCCUGGGAGUGCGACUGUAACCUGCGCGACUUCAAGCACUGGAUGGAGUGGUUCUCCUACCGGGGAGGACGCCUAGACCAGCUGGCCUGUACGAUGCCCAAAGAGCUGAGAGGGAAAGACAUGCGGAUGGUUCCCAUGGAGAUGUUCAACUAUUGCUCUCAGCUGGAGGAGAGCAGCUCAGCUGGGUUGGAAGUAUCUGGGCCUCCCUGUACCAAGGCCAGCCUAGAGCCUGUUAAACCCAAGCCUGGGGCUGAGCCAGAACCUGAGCCCAGCACAGCCUGCCCCCAGAAACAGCGCUAUCGACCAGUCAGUGUCCGUCGGGCCAUUGGGACUGUCAUUAUUGCUGGCGUGGUCUGUGGUAUUGUUUGUAUCAUGAUGGUUGUGGCUGCUGCCUAUGGAUGCAUUUAUGCCUCCCUCAUGGCCAAGUAUCAUCGGGAGCUAAAGAAGCGCCAGCCUCUAAUGGGUGACCCAGAGGGUGAGCAUGAAGAGCAGAAGCAGAUCUCCUCUGUGGCAUGA